CAUUAUGCAGCACCAGUUCUCCGCUGCGCAGUUUUGCCCCGCUCAAACCGUCGAGAGUUUCCAAGCUUAGGAAUUCUGUUUUGCUCUUUGAACGGAAUUCUUUUAGCAUUGACGAUCAGGAUAAAAGUUUUGAUCCGUCUGUUUUCACUGCAAGAGUUCCGGGAUUGGGCACUCAUCCUAAAUUCAUUUCUACUACAACUGCCGCCACAAGUGGCGGCGGGGGGUUCAGUGUCGGAGUUGGACGAUAAUGUAAGGAAACUAUUGCAGGCUCUUUUGUGGAUUGCGGAAGGCGUUUACAUUAUUUGGCUCUUUUUACUUCCCUAUGCUCCUGGGGAUCCUGUCUGGGCCAUCAGUUCAGAAACAAUUAACUCUUUGAUAGGCCUUUCUCUCAAUUUCUUCUUUAUUCUGCCUUUACUGAACUCUGUUGGUAUUCAUCUUAUUGAGGCACCAGUACUCCAUCCGAUGUCUGAAGGCUUGUUCAACUUCGUAAUUGGGUGGACAUUCAUGUUUGCUCCUUUGCUAUACACUGAUAGAAGGAGAGAUAGAUAUAAGGGGUCACUUGAUGUCCUAUGGGGCUUUCAGAUGUUCCUCACAAACACAUUCUUGAUCCCAUACAUGGCGAUACGUCUUAAUGAGGCUGAUGGGGAAUACACUCCAAGCAAGACCUCUCAACUUGGUUCUGUUAUGAAGAAUGGCGCACCUGUUGUUGGACUGAUUGGUGGGCUUGCUUGUUUGAUUUCAAUAUUAUGGGCCCUUUUUGGUCGCGGAGAUGAUAAUUUUGGUGAUUUACCAGAAAGAUGGGAAUUUUUGCUGAGUUAUCUAGGGUCCGAAAGACUUGCUUAUGCCUUUAUUUGGGAUAUUUGCCUUUAUAUAAUUUUCCAGCCAUGGUUGAUAGGAGACAACCUGCAAAACAUUCAAAAGGAUAAAGUUGCUGUGGUUAAUUAUCUUAGAUUUGUCCCUGUAGUUGGCUUAAUUGCCUACUGUAUUUGUUUAGACGCUAGUUAUGAGAAAUAAACCAGUACAUUUAUUACUUACGAGUUCUGUACACUGGUUUUCAUUUACGAUAUAAUAUUACAUUAGACGAAUACAUGUCUUAUUCGUCAAGCUA